UAAGGACGGCUCAAAGGAAUUUUCAAGGGACUGAAAGUAGUAGAGGGCAGUGGAGGGAAAAGAGAAGAGUUAAAGAGCAAGGUUAUAUAUGAGCAAUCCAGAAAUCAACAGAAAGAUAAACAAAAAGGAAUAAACUAUAUUCAGGAGUACAUUUUAGUUUAAAUGUGUGCUUAAGUUACCUGUUGAUCACAGAGCAGAAGAAAGUGGAACAAAGAAAAACUAAGGUAAACAGAGAGAAUGAGACUGUAAAGAAGAGGGAUCGAGAGAAGAAAGACAGCUGAAUGUUGACCGAGGGAGUGAGGAGAUUCACUGGGAGAGAAACAAAAAGAGGAGAUAAAAAUAGAGUGAGAAGUGUUGAAAACAAGUAAAUACACAUUGACAGAGUGGACUGGACUUGACUCAAUGGAACACUGAGAUCGGAAAAAGAAAGCAAGAAAUAGGGAGCAGGACAGGAGGUUACUAAGGUUACGGCAGUGAAAAGUAGGUGCACCGUAAGACCGCUACAAAACGCUUACUACAGUAAGCAAGUAAGAGUGGGAAGUUAGGAAAAGAACACACAUACACGAUUGAACCAUGUUGGUGAAGGAGUACCGAAUAUGCAUGCCACUAACUGUGGAAGAGGUUAAGAUCUGAAUAAGGGAAACCCAGAUCUGUUCUCAAAGGCAUAUCUCACAGCCCAUAAAAGCAUCUGGUUUCUUGAUUACUUAACUGACUGCAAAGUAGUAUAAGAUAGGGCAGCUGUACAUGAUCACUAAACACAGUAGUGAGGAGAGUGAAGGAGGGGAGGGCGUGGAGGUGGUGCGGAACGAACAGGACGUACAUCCCAAACACGGCCCGGGACAAGUCACAGAGAAAAGGAUCUACCUCAGCAGUAAACUGCCAUCGUGGGUGAGAACAUUUGUCCCGAGGAUCUUCUACGUGACAGAGAAGGCCUGGAACUUCUACCCUUACACUCUAACAGGUCUGACAACCCGUCCGCCACGUGCACGCCUUUCCCACCUUGUGCAAAGUGUGCACUUGAUUCGUGUUUACUUGUUCUCAGAGUACUCAGUCUCCAUGCUUCCCAAGUUCAGUGUCUGCAUUGAGACCAGAUUUGAGAAUAACAAUGGUGACAAUAAUAACGUAUUUGGGGACACACCCACCCCUCCAGAGAGUGUUAAGCACCUGGAUAUCCUUGUUGAUCCUAUCCCUGACAAACACUACAAGGAGACAGAGGACCUGAGUCACUGGGUGUCUGCGAAGACCGGCCGAGGCCCCCUGGUGGAAGGGUGGAGGGAGUGCACCACCCCCAUCAUGUGCUCCUAUAAGAGGGUACAGUGCAGCUUUGAGGUCUACGGCCUCCAGGGCAGGACUGAGGACUUCCUGCACAGGAAUAUCCAGGACAUUCUACUGGUGGGACACAGGCAGGCCGUAGCUUGGACAGACGAAUGGCAUGGGAUGAAUUUGGAGGAUGUUAGAAAGUUUGAGCGACAGACACAGGAACAGACCAACCUCAAACUCAAAUCAACUCAGAACAACAACAUGGCAGCAGCAAGCAUUCGUCCUGCAUUCUCACGCUCCAUCUCGGUGACAGACGAGCUCUCUCUAAAGAAGAUGGGAGUGAAGACUUUGGCCCUGUCAGAGCCCUCCACCUCCACAACGCCUAGGAGUCCUGUCCGCCUUCAUUCUACCCCAGAGUAACAUGUCCAUACAUGAGUCCCUCUCUGCCUCAAAACUGAUGACAGUAACUACACUGCAGGAGAUCCUUUUAUACCGCAUUCAGCUUACAAAUGCACAUUAGAAAUUAAGCAUAUUAUAGUGUGUAUGUGGAGAAACACCUAGAACACAUCCCAGACUUCUGUCCAACUCCAUCUUCCUGCGGGAACUAUAUAACCCACGGAGAAGAUUCAGGGGUUUACUCACUGUUUCAUGGUGAGAACCCCCAAAUAUGGUGAGCCCAUGGCCCCCAAAUAAUAAUAUUUUAAUUCUGUAAUGCCUGUUAACAACUAUAAUAUUAGGUAAACAAUAGGCUACAGGGUUCCUACAAACAAUGGUAAAUGGAUUUAAGCACAUUCAAGGACACUAUUGCAAUAUUUAAUGGGCUUCAUUUUAGAUAUUGUUCUUGGCCAGUCAUUGAAUAAACACCCCUAAAACAGUGUCCAAACAAAUUAAA